GAAAUACAUAAAAAUGUCAGCAAUUUCAAUAUUCUAACUGCAACCCUCUGAUGGGAUCGAAAUUCUUUAUUUGCGCACCACUGAAGCAAAGGGGCUGCCUUCUAUUCUAUUCUGUAAUAUUUAGUUGGGAUGGUAGGGUAAAACUAAAAAUAGUGGUGGGAGUGAGAUUGCGUGUAAGAAACGAGGGAAAGGAACGUAUUCGAGAACUCAAUCUCUCUUAUUAACAAAGAGACUCCAAGCUGCUAACAGCAUGCUACGGCAGCACAUAGUCAAGUGUCUCCUUCUUUUACUUUUAUUUGAUCAUAGUUUCGGGAGACGACGUUCUAAAUGCCAACAAAGAGUAAAAGAUUCUCAAAACUUUGAUGUUUUAAUUUUCACUCAACACUGGCCACAAACCGUGUGUUACGUAUGGAAGGAAAAGUCGGAAUCGCAUGCCUGUGCAUUACCCAAGAACGACGAAUGGUCUAUUCAUGGUAUAUGGCCAACAAAGUAUCACACCGAAGGUCCGAAUUUUUGUAAUCAAUCUUUGCCAUUUAAUGCGAGUGCCCUGAAUCCGAUAAAAAAUGAAUUGGAAGAAAAGUGGAUCGAUGUAGAAAAUAUGAAGGAUUCGUAUUCCUUUUGGCGUCAUGAGUGGAACAAGCACGGUACUUGUGCUACUAUACUUCCAGAAUUAAACACUGAAUUAAAAUAUUUUCAAAAGGGACUCGAAUUGUUGGAUAUUUAUGACAUGAAAAAUGUUCUUGGAAAACGUAACAUUCUACCUGGUAGCAGUUACGCGGUACAAGAUAUUCUCAACGCAAUUAAAAAAAUUAUUGGUACCACAGCAGAAAUAGGGUGCGUGCAUAACAAGGAAAAAAACGAAGCAUAUAUUUUCGAAAUUAGAAUUUGCUUCGAUAAAAAUUUACGAUUGAUUGAUUGCGAUGGUAUUAAUGGAUUCCCUUAUGAUACUUGUAAGAAAUUUACGCAAGUAAUAUAUCCUGGUAUUGUACCAUCGUAUUAUAACGUGAUACAAAUAUAAAAUUUACUUUCGCUAAAUAUUUAGCAAAUUUUUAAGACUAAAUCUUCGAUAACUGUAAAUGUAAUAAUCACAUAGUACAAAAAUGGAAAUUCAGCUUAGGCUGUGACUCAG